AUGAGUGGAAGUAAAAAAACAGUGUUCCUAUCCAUUUUAUUGAUAAUGGUAAUGAUUCUAUCAAUUUCUCAAAAUAUAAAUAGUGUUAGUGAUUCUGCAUUUACUCCAACAGGAGAGAAAAGAUUGUUCCCAAAGCCAUUAACUUGUGUGGCAGAUGCAAAAAAAGUUCCACACUGUGUAGAAUCAGUGAAGAAUUUCCAUUUCAAAAAUGUUACAAAAGAAUGUUGCACAGUUUUACUCGGUAUUCCUAAAGAUUGUUUUGGCAUUAUGUUUCCUAGGCGUUUUGUCUAUCGUAUUAUGCUUAAAACUGCAUGUAAGUUAUUAGGUAUCAUCAAGGUUUAGUUAUAUUUUAAGUGAUCAUUUGUCAUUCUAUUUUAAUGUAAUAACGAUUAUUCAUAUUAAUAAAUUAUAACAAGAAA